AUGAUCUUUUCAACAUUCUUAGCAUACAAAGCAAGAAAUUUGCCUUAGUCUUUCCUAAACCUUUUUAUUUUGAUCGAUCUCUUAUUACAAACUCAAAUAUUUCAUUAUACUUUGGCAUAAAGUGAAAUCAGCAGAUCCUUUUUCACUCCAUUUAAUGCUGAUAAUAAUUGGAAAUCGUAUUAUACCAUGUCAUCAAAUCAUAUUAAGGAUUGUGGAACUGCAUCUAUUUUUGGAGGUCCUUUGGUGUUUAAUUAUCAAACAACUAUCACAAAGACAUUUAUUUUACCUCCUCAUUAUAAGGUAUAUCAAAAUGCUAUUUUUUAGAUUGGAUCCCUGGAAUGGUUCAUAUUACAUUUUUUUUUUAUUGAUGGAUAGUAAGCAUAUAAAAACAAUCCUAAUCUUUCAACUGGAACUGAAAUUUGUGGCAGUGGUACUCUUGGAGAAAUUGAAGAAAUUUCUAACACUAUUAAUCACAGUGGGAAUAGUGCUAUAGUUACACUUAUUUCUCUACAGAAUUCAGCAUCAUGGGGAAUUUCUGAUUUCAUCUUAUCCAUAUAUCCAUGUCCAAUAGGAUGUGAUAAUUGUGAUUUAAGUGGUAAUUGCUAAAAUUGGAAAAAAGUGCUGACAUUCUUUAAUAAAACAGUUUUAACAGAUGGUGAGGGAUGGAAAAGUAAUUAUGAUAUAUGUGAUGGGAUUUAUUCGUGUGGAAGUUUUCAAUAUUAUGGUAAAUUUUAGAUGACAACGAUACUUUCGGUUGACUUAAAUUUAGCUGAUCCUCAUACAAAGGUAAAGAUAUAGUUUAAAUUCCUAUGUGCAUAUGUGACUGGAUCUAUUAUUAUGAGGGUAGAUGCUAAUGGAGUAUUACUAGGCGAUUCAGAAAAAUCUUUUUCUAUUAUUACUACUAAUGAUAUCAUUUGCGGUUCUUUGUUAUAAUUAGAUAAUAUCUUGCUGGAUGAAAUUAUAAGCAGCGAUUAAUUAUUGACCCUAUAUUUAAAGUUUUCUGAAUCUCCUGAUCCAGCAGAUAGUACUCACUUUUUUGGAAUGAUUUGCAAUGAUAUCAAUAUUAUUGCAUUUGAUGGUUGUAAUGAAGGUUGCAGCAAUUGUGUGAAGGGUCUUUGCACUUAAUGUUUAUCAUAUUGGAUAUUGAAUACAAUUUUAGGAUAAUGUGUGGCCAAAUGUGGCGAUAAAAUAGUAGUCUCUGAAGAAUAGUGUGAUGAUGGAAACUAAUAGCCUUACGACGGGUGCUAUGAGUGUAAGUUCUCUUGCCCUUUAAAUUGUAUGCUUUGUUAAUUUGGCGGAUGUUUGAUUUGCAAUUAACCAUAUGAAUUAAUUGAUAAUCAAUGUGAAUUUACUUGUUAUCUAGAUGAAAAUGAAAAUCUAAGUCUAAGUCUCUAUCCAACUUAAAAAGCAGAAGGCCAUUAUUGCUAAAUUUCUAAUUUUUUAAGCAAUAUCUACACCCAACAUAUUAUAAUUAAUACAGAUCUUCAACUCAUAUAUGAUAGUAAUUAAUGUAGUAUUUUUAAUUAUGGAAUUUUUGCCUAUUAAUAUUAAUUGUGUGUAAUCGAAACACCUCAAAAUUGCAGAGUUUCCUUUUUCAGCAUAUGUUCAAUUUGCGAUGAUAAUUUUGAAUUAUCUAACAAUCUCUUAUGUGUACCCAUCUGUGGUGAUGGGGUAAUUUAAGAAUAUGAAUCAUGUGAUGAUACUAAUGAAUAGUAGUUUGAUGGAUGCUAUUAAUGCUAAAGUAUGUGUCAAUUAGAAUGCUUAUAAUGUAUUGCAUCCUAAUGUUAUAAAUGCAUGGACGGAUCCAAGUUAAUUAACUUUAAAUGUGUAUCAGAGUGUGGGGAUGGUUUAAUUGCUUUGCUAUAAAAUGAAUAAUGCGAUGAUUAAAAUAAUGAAAGCAAUGACGGAUGUUUUGAAUGCAAAUUUGAAUGUUCUUAAAAUUGCAUUCUUUGUAACCUGAAUUUAGAUUGUUUCUAAUGUUAGAAGUAUUAUGAGCCUUAAAAUAAAGUUUGUACUCCUAUAUGUGGAGACGGAAUAGUCAUAGAAGAAUUUGAAUAAUGUGAUGAUGGUAAUGAUAUAUAAGAUGAUGGAUGUUAUAAAUGUUAAUUUUCAUGCAUAGGAAAUUGUCAGAUAUGUGAUCAACAAAAAUGUUUAGAUCCUCAAAUAUAAUAAUGUAAAGAUGAUGGAUAUUAUUUAAUUGAUAACCAGUGCCUUUCAAUUUGUGGAGAUUUAAUAAUUGCAUCUAAUGAGCAAUGUGAGGAUGCUAAUGAAAUCCCUUUUGACGAAUGCUAUUAAUGUGAGUAUUCCUGUCCUUUAAAUUGUUUUGAUUGCAAUAAAGGAUAAUGCUUAUAUUGUGAUGAUGGUUAUCAAAUUAGUAAUAACUUAUGCAUAGGUAUUUGUGGGGAUGGAUCUAAGUUAGAAAUAGAGGAGUGUGAUGAUUUUAAUCUAAUUUCUCAAGAUGGAUGUUCUGAUAAAUGUGAAAUUGAAAUUAAUUGGGCAUGUACAGCAAUCGAUUUUGAAACAAGCUAGUGUCUUUAAAAUAAACCCCCCCAUUUCAACUUAUUAUUCAUAAAUCAAACUUAUGACUCAUAAUUUAUUUAACUGCAAAUUACAAGCAAGGUCAAAUUACACGAUUCCUAUCAAAAUUUGACAAAAAGUUUGAAAGCAUUUCUUGUUGAUGUAAAUCCCUUAGAUUAUAUAAUUUAUUAAGAAGCAGUAGUUGAACCAAAUGCUAUUGUUUUAUAAGAUAUUUAUUACUUGUUUUAAAUUUAAUUAUUAAAAUAAGUAACCAAAUGA